UUCGAGCCUCGAGGACGACCGUACUGCGCUAGUUCUUUUGCGCCAACAUACAUUUUGAUCUAUCGUAUUUAUAUCACCACUUUGUCUUCGUUAUGGGCAAGAAAUGCAAAAAGAAAUCAGCCGCGGCCGUCAGAAGACUCAACCGAGAGAGAGGACGACUUUUGGCAUUAAAUAGGAAAAAAAGGGGCCAUAAUGCAAAAGGCAAGCUGGCCGACGCGACAGAAAACUCAUCUGCCACAUUGGAAAUAGAAGUCGAUCCACCGGGAAACCCUAUGGUGGACGUUGCAAAAUUCAACAUGGUCGACGUAGCUGAAAACUCAUCAGCCACAUUGGAAAUCGAACUCGAUCCACCAGAGAAUCCAGUAUGCUUCGGGUGCGGCUGGCGAGGUUACGAGGAGCCACGACGAUCUUAUCAUAGAUUUCCUACCGAUGCGAAUCUGCAACAGCAGUGGCUAGAUGCCAUAGGGAAAACUGGUCCAGUGAACCGACGGACCGCGCUCUGCAAUAUCCACUUCGAGGAGUCCUGCUUCAGAUACGGCCUGGUCCGGGGCCACAGGAUCCUGAGGAUGGGCAGCGUCCCCACCCUGCAGACCGGGAGACUCCCCAGCAUGAUGGUCAGCAUCAGUAGCUCGGGAAACCUGGAGAUAGACGGCCAUCCGGGGCAGGCUGGCGACGAAAUGGAAGAAGUGACGGUUAAAAUUGAGAAAGAAGAUUCCGAUUCGGACGACGAUAACGAUAGGAUCGCCGGAGCGACUUUCUCCGACGAUCCCACCUCCAGUCCGAAGCCCAAACGCCAGAAAUUGCCAGAACCGAUCCAGACAUCAUCGGUAAAGGUGGACAUUAAAAAGGAGGCUUCGGACUCUGAGCAGUCUGGUGAUUCCCUCGAGGACUGUUGGGAGGACAGGGUUAUCGCAGCCCUUGACCAGGUGAAGAAGGGGAAUCGAAAAUCGAAAGGGGACCCUUUCGCUUUGUACGGGAAACUCGUGGCAUCGGAGCUGAGAAGGCUGCCCUCGCGCACCUCCGCCAAGUUGAAGCCGGCCAUCUUGAAUCUCAUACGGCGGGUGGCGGUAAUUGAUGACGUUGGUGGUGCACGAAAAUCGAAAAAAAGAAAACAGAAUUAUAAAGAAGAAAAAAAAUAAGACUUUCCUUGAUAGGACACAUUGAAGAGAAACAGCACAAUUUCGAGACCACCAAAUUAUUAGACUCCGAUUAUUUGUUUUGCUGGUUCCCAUACAAUAGGAAAAUCAUAGGAAGAAGCUAGGAGUUAUAAUCUACUUUAAAUAGGGAUUUGUGGCAUUGUGGUGUGUGUGUGUAUUCUUAAUCGAUUUUAAUAACGCUUGAAAUUAUAAUAAUGUAAUAGAAGCAGCCAAAAUGUGCCAAAUCUGAAGAGAAGAUGGUAUAAAGUGUUUUUGUAAAUAAACUAUUUUGAUAUAAGUA